AUGGGAGUGCUCAUGUCAAAGAAGCAGCAGGUGGAGAAGGUGCAGAAAUGCAACGCUGUCGUCUCUGCCUUCCAGUCAGGACAGACGGAGAUGUAGAGGAGGGCGAAGGCCCUGCCAAACCCUCAGGCCAAUGCUGACGAUAAGAUCACAGAGGAGGUGGAGGAAGAAGACACGGACAAUAGCGCAGGUCCGUCAACCUCCCAGCAGGCCUCGGAGUGUAAGGUCAACCAGGAGUCUUGGUCGAGGUUACGGGACGGGAAAGGAGUGGAGCCGGAGGAUCUUGACAAGAGCCAUCAGCUCACGCCGCCAGCUUUCGUGCGGCCCAAAAGGGAAGCCGAUGAUGACCAGCCUGUCGAUGUGGAGCUGAAAAUGAAAGAGCAGCCAUCGAGCGAUGAGAUGUGCGACGUGUGUGAGGUGUGGACGGCCGACGACCUGUACCCCUGCAGGAUCUGCACUCGGAUGUUCCACGAUGGCUGCCUGAGGGAGCUGGGCUACCUGCGUGCCGAGGCCCUGCAGGAGAUGAGAGAUACGGCCCACACUGUUACCGGCUGGAGCUGCUACUAUUGUGAUAAUCUGAAUCUACUCCUAACAGAGGAGGAGAUGUACAGCCUCAUGGAGACUUUCAAGCAGUGCAAGAUCAUCCCAGAGUCAUGCCUGGUGUCAGAUGAGCUGCUGCAGUACCGCCACCAUGCAUCCAAGCAGCUGUUUGAUAAGGACCUGACUGAUGAGCAAGAGGAGGAAGUCCUGGCCCAGUUCGCAGCGCUGGAUCCUGAGAAGAAGGGUCACAUUGAAUGGUCGGACUUCCUUUACUUCGAGUCUCUGGUUGUGUUGAGGAAGUUUCGCACAGAGAACUCAAUGGUGCGUCUGCUGACUGCCAAGGAGAGAAACAAUGCACGGGCAGUGUUCCUGGGUCUGGACCUGGAUGAAGACGGCGUGAUCACAAGAGCAGAAUGCCGCCAGGCACAGCAGUCCUGGUUCCACAAACUCAACAAAGACUCGCAGUCUUGCAAUGUGAGUAUAAGUUAUGUUGGCCCCAUAUGUGAAGGCAGUCCAGCCAGCUCUUGCAGUGAAAGGAGCAAGACUGAAGAAAGCAGGCCAGCGACCUGGGCAGACUUUUUAAAGGAGAGUGCCAUUUAUGUUUUGGCUGCGCGGCCCAAUACUUCUGCCUUGCACAUCCGUCUGCCUCUAUAGUCCAGGAUCCUCCACUGCACCCCAGCAGAGAGAGAGGGAGAGAGAGAGAGAGUUAGAGGGUGUACCCUAUAGUCUAUACAGAUGAGCGGAGGAAGAUAGACGUGGAGACACGAUGACACGCGGAAGGCAACCGAGCGAACUGGAUGAAGCACUGAGAGACAGCAGAUCAAGCCAUUGACAGAAUCUCUCCUCCUCUGCAUCACCUCAAACCCCCCAUAACACUUGACAACACACAACGCUGAUUGACACACCGACGACGCAAGUGACAGCAGCUGUCACAUGUCCCGACUCCCAAAACUUGACAGAUUCCAACAAAUGUGAGAGAUAAGACGAGGAGAACAACCACGCACACACCCAUAUUACACACCCAGUCAGUGAUAAUUCUGAAACUUCCAGUCUAGCAAUCACACAUAGAAACAGACAAGCUCCGAGGAUACUCACACUCUAUUUAAAUGACAUAUACCACACACUUUAUGACCCCUCCAGCUGCAUAACACACCUCUCCAUUCGGGUACGUCAGUUUGACAGGCUGUUACUCUUUCAAGCAUUCAUUCCUUUGGGCCUCAUCAUGUCCCGAUAAUAGUUCCAUGCUACAGUAAUGGGAUUGUGUUAUUAUUAGCCAUUAAAAAUUGUAUUCACACUACACAGAGGCACAUGAAAUUUAUUAUCGGUACCGUUUGACUGUGGUUAGACUUCCGAGAGGAGAUUAACCCUGCAACUUCUAUUAUCAUAACGUAUACCAAACGGGAAUGAAAGCUAUCCGCUCACCUAAUAUUAUACGAGAACUGCUAUUCAUGCCAGUAUAAAUUAUUAUUAUGCAUUAAAAAGCUGUAUUUAUUCCUGUAUCCACUGAUGUAUUCCCCCCGGUCUCAUCCAAGAGUCUAUGUUCUUCUGAAUUACUAACCGUGAAAAAAAGGAUGUGAACAAUUAUGAAAGCUAACCCAGUAGAAGACGUGCAUAUACUGCCAUAUAGAAAAAUCUUUUUGUUUCUGUUAUGCUCAGAGCUUUGACAAGAUGGAAAUGUCUGCCCUCCUAUUCUAGUGUCAUUAUUUGCACUGUGGGAAUGAGAUGUGAAUGGACUACUGUGUGACAUAAUCACUGUAAUGAAAAUACUGCAAGACAUGGGAGAUCUGGUGCAAACAUUUGUUUUUUGUUAAUAUGCAGAAGCUAUGUAAUGGAACACGCGGUGGGAAUUCUAUAAUGUAAGAGGUUACACUUUACAAUUUAAAUGCACAUGAAACUGCCCGUAGAAUCACUGGAAACAUGCUGUAACAAGAACUUCAUGUAGUGUUUAUGCCAUGUAAUGACGGGUCUAUGCCAGGUCCUCUUUGUUGAUAAAGUAUGGUUAUGACAUAAAUCAUGAUUGUCUGAGGGCUAUGUCACAGUGCUGAAAUAAAUGCAUGGCAUUUACUCUCCUUGA